ACUGUGUUUUUAGACGAUCUUUGCAGCAGUCGCUCAGCAGACUGCAGCUCCGCUCCAACUGUCAGAACUCGAGUCCUGCCUGCCUGAAUCCGGGAAUCUUUCAGGAGCCAUGGCGCCAGGCCUGUGCAGUGUUGUUGUGUUGGCUUUGUGUGUGACCCUGGCCCAAUAUGUGUCCGCGGGGAGCAAGGACUGUGAAUCGUACACAGAUGUGCACUACACGUACUAUGAAUCCAAGACGUGCCGGACUGGAUUCUGUUGUGGAAGCUGUAACAAUAGAUACUGCUGUCAAGAUAGUUUCUGGCGUUUUACCGAGGAAGAACAAGAAAACUGCAUAGACUGGGGUCGUUCCCAUUAUUCACCACUUCCCAUGGUCCUUGGUAUUGUUGGCCUUGUUGCCAGUGUGCUCAUAGUCGUCUGCUGCUGUGUUUGUCCCUGCUGCUGCCUGUACAAGAUGUGCCGCAAGCCAAGACCUGUGAUCGCUACCACCACCCACACCACAGUGGUCACCACUGCUCCUCAGCAGUACCCCCGGCAGCAGACAUCAACACCUGCACAGCCUCAGUCCUACCAGGGAGCCCAGUACCCAUCCUACCAGCCCGUGCCAGUGCAGCCAGGCUAUGGAGCCCACCCCCCACCUCAAGGCUACGGAGCCCACCCCCCACCCCAAGGUUACGGAUCUCACCCCCCACCCCAAGGUUAUGGAUCUCACCCGCCACCCCAAGGUUACGGAGCGCAGCCCAUGCCAACGUCACCCUACCACGGACAACCGCUCACAGCAGGACCUCCACCAACAUAUCAGGAAGCCACCGGUCCUAGCUACCCUCCCAACCCGAUGCCUUACAGCCAGGCUGCAUUCACCCCCGGACAGCAAGCGUAUCCUCUGCAGCCUCCUGUCCAGCCGCAGCCCGGUGCUCCAGCCCCACACAUGGACUACCUAGCCCAGCCAGCGUACAACCCGGAUUUUGUUGCACCACCACCCAAAACUGGAUAAGGGACCACAGGAACCGCACUCUCGGCCACUGCAAAAGUGCAGCAGCGUUUUUGGACUUGGCAGAACUGGAAUCGAAUCAUGAGCACCUCGGUUCAUGCGUUUGAUGGUUCAAUAUGGGAAAGUAAAGAUACAUUUAUAGUUGUUGUGGUAUAUUUGUUCUCUGAAGAGUUGCAGGGUGAAAUUGUUGAUUCCUCUUGGCCCGUAUUGCAUGGACUUACAAUGUUCAAGUGGCGAGAAUAUUAUUUUUUAUUUUUUACUUAAUAUUUUGUAGUGGCUCCACCCUAGUCCUCUUGGUGAAUUACACACAAAACCACUGAGUUAGGUUCUGAAGAUUAGAUGAAGUGCUUUGACAUUUUCCAAACUUCUGAACAUGCCUCAACACCUCCCACCCAGUCCUUGUCUCUACUGUGCAUUGGCCGAACUUUCCUUACCUCUUAGGUCACUGUCUACAAGGACUGUGGUCAAAUUUCAGAGGCUUUUUGGUGAUUGCAGCCAAAAUUGCUUUCUGAAGGUUUAUUCCAGCACAUCCUCAUGUUCUUUGGUUGCUGAUGUCUUGGGAGGCAUUUAAUGCUUUUUAUGUUACUUGGGAACAAAUCAUGUCCAAAUGGUAAUGCCAGAGUCACACCGCCUGCCUGAGCAGUGAAUGUCCGACACAGAGUUUCAGAAUGUGAACAGGUCAGAGCAGCCUCUCUGCUCACAUAAGCAGCACGUCACCUACAGAUUUGCAUGUCGCCUAUUUUUGCCUCAUGAUGUGAGCGUUUCGAAUAUAGCACAUGCUUUGCAUUUUUCUGACUAAUCUAAAUAUAAAUUAGAUUUGUAAUGGAAUGAAACGAAUCAUUCUUUUGCGCCAGGUGUAUGACAAAGUGAGUGUGUGUCUACUCAGCUUUUUUUAAAACGCUGUUAAACACGCUAAAAAUAGGCAAUCGUCUCCUUUUCCCGUUGCUGGACCAGUUUGCCUUUUAUCUUCUGUCUGAUGUGUCACAUUUAAUGUCACAGUGGAAAUAUUCAUUUUUCAAAUAUAUUUUCCUUACAGCUCAAUGCUAACUGACUGAUGUCUGAGCACUGAACAGAGAUGGAUGGUAAAGUAUUUGUGCACCACAGCAUUGUGCAGGCGAAUGUUUCUAUCACUGCCGAUCAGAGCUGUAGCUGAUAAACACCUGCGACCACUGCAGUCAUUCAACCUGGGAAUGUGUGUUGAUUGUAACCAUUCGCAUUGGGAAAAAAAGACAGAUGUUAGUGGGUGUUAUCAGUUUUUUUUUUUGUAGUGUGUAAAAGAGUUUUGUUUUUUGUUUUUUGUUUUUUUAUUAAUGCAAACUCGAUGGAGAACAAUGGUGUUGGGAGCAGCUCAGCUGCAGCAGUUUUACAAGUUGCUGUUAGCCACAGGUGCAGGAGGGCGGUGUGUCCUGGCGUAAUACACUUCUCUAAACGAUACAUGACAGAAAGGCUACAUCUCAGAUAUUCAGAGGGUUAGACUGAAUAAAAGGGAACAAAAGGGAAUGUUUGUCAUUUGACUUCACCAAAAUAAGCCUUACACACAGGGGGAAGUUCACUUUACAUUCAAGUUUUCCAUGUUCAUGAACAAGGGAGAUUUCACACAAAGGUUUUUUCUUCUUUUUUUACUCAGGUUUUCAUUUAUUGUGCUCAUUUGCCCAUUUUUACAUGCAUGUGUAUCUAAGCUGAAAUGCAAUGCUAGCUGUGGAUGAAGCAACCAAAGGAGAUUUUCUUAGUUCUUUUUUUUUCAAUCAAACAAAACAUGUCAUGUACAAAAACAAGUGCAAAAGUUAAAAAUGCAAGAAAUAACUGUGCCUUCUCAGCCUUAUUGUGUUUAUCAAACUCAAGAAUGCAUUGUCUUUUACAGCAGUUUCAAAUCUCAUUUUUCUAGUUAUUUGUGGGUGUUUUGAUUUGUUUGGUUCACAUAGUGUUGUGUUACUCAUAUUUACCUGUCAUCGUACAGGUUUACGUUCACUUCAACCUGCCUUAAUGGUUUUUAUGUAGCCUUUAAACUUUAAAUCCUUUAGUUACAACCAAAACUGUGCUUUUGUUAAUCUUUUCAGGUCAUCAUCUUCUUAAUCAGUAUUGUCUUAUUUGCCUUGUCAAAUCAUAGUGUUCAUAUAUUUUUUUUAGACUCCCCUAGUGUCACAGUCCAAACCUUCCUUGCUCUGUGUUCACUUCUGUUUUUUCUGUAACAAAGUCAUCACUUCUGCUUUCUGAACAUAAUACAAUAGCUUUACUAAAGUGACCUUUUUCCCACAAUCAAGCUAAACUUGAAAAAGUACAGUCACGGGUCAUGUGAUGAGCCAGAGGUUGAUCAUUUGAGGAACCCUGUUUGAAAACCCCUGUCUUCACAACUUCUCAAGUUUGGCGUUGACGUUGACCGUGGACAAAGUAUCGCUGGUACAGGUUUCAGAAUGAUGUUCACACACAUCUACACUGUGGCCUCUCUCAUUACCUGCUGACAUGAGAGAAAUCACAUGUCCGCUAAUUAAAGGGGCCCGAUGUCCUCGCAUAUCUUUGUAAUUGGCCACAUAGUGGAUUUGUGAGGAAUGAGCAUGUGUCUCAUACAUCGACCAACUGAUUUGUAUGUGCACUUGAUUGUGAGCUUGCCCUCUGAAAUCUGUCUUUAUAAAUGUGUUCCGCCUGUAAUUUCAUUCUUUCGGCCAGUGUUGAUUCUUCAACAUGAGUGUUUUUAUUUGUGUGCGUGUGUGUGGAUUGUCGACAUUUGUGUUUUUACGAAAGAUAUACCAGCAGCGAUUUAAUAUUGCUCCAUCUGUGUUUUCUCGUCCAAGAAGAAUCGACGUUGAUGUUACCAUGAGAAUAUAUGUGACUUUUAUUUUGUUAAAAUCCCACCACUUGCUCUGCAGAGUACAAUAAAGUAUAUAUUUUUUGUUUUUC